ACACACAACACAAGUCGCAGCUCGCAUCGCAAACCGAACCAAGAAAAAGGAGAGCGAAGUCGUGCAAGCAAGAGGACGCCAAGGAAGGAGAAUGUACCAGGCCAUCCCGUACAGCGCCGCCAGCCGGCCGUGGCCGCCGCGGCCGCGUCCCGCGCCGAUGGCCACCGCCGAGGCGGCAGCCGUCGUCGAUGCCGUCGCGGCGGCGGCGGAGGAGGAGAGGCUGCAGGCUGCACAGCAGCCGGCGGUGGCGAGGGAGGAGGUGAGGCGGGCCGUGGCGGAGAGCCCCGUGCUGGUGGUGGGGAGGCGCGGGUGCUGCCUCAGCCACGUCGUGAAGCGGCUGCUGCAGGGGCUCGGGGUCAACCCCGCCGUGCACGAGGUCGCCGGCGAGGCUGAGCUCGCCGGGAUCGUCGCCGCCGGCGACGUCGCGCUCCCGGCGGUGUUCGUCGGGGGCAGGCUCCUCGGGGGCCUCGACCGGCUCAUGGCCGUGCACAUCUCCGGCGAGCUCGUGCCCAUACUGAAGGAGGCCGGCGCGCUCUGGCUUUGAGGAAACAUGGGGCUCCGCUGGCUCGUGGCCGUGCACAUCAGUUCUUCCUGCUGGCGGUGGCGCUCCUCCUCUUCUUCAUCAUUUUCUUCUUUUAUUUUACUCCUUCGAGUUACUGAAGGUGUGUUAACUUAUCUUAGAUAGGACUUCGAUUCUUUUAGAGAAGCAUAUACUAUAUAGUUAAGCGAUUUCUAUUUAUUUUCCAUCAUGUGAAUAUGAAUUGAAGAGUGCUGGGAAUUUACCUGAGCUUCUGCCA